AAACCCGCCAUUGGAACCUGAGGGGCACGAAAGAUAGACAGACACACCAACGCGCGCUCUCUCUCUCUCUCUCUUCCUCUUUCGCCAUCCCUUCUCUUUCUCGGUGGAGAUCCAUGGCGGAUCAUGCGGGAGACUCCGAGCCCUCGUUGAUGGAGAAGGUCUCCGAGAAGAUCCACGGCCCUGAGUUUUCCUCUUCCUCCGAUUCGGACGAUGACAAGCCCUCGGCCGUUGAUUCCAUGAAAUCGAAAGUCUAUAGGCUCUUCGGUAGGGACAAGCCCGUCCACAAGGUCCUGGGUGGUGGAAAACCUGCUGAUAUUUUCCUUUGGAGGGACAAGAAAGUCUCUGCUGGUGUCCUGGGUGUGGCCACUGCAAUAUGGAUUCUCUUUGAGUUGAUGGAAUACCAUCUGAUCACUCUUGUUUGCCAUAUCUUGAUCCUUGCUCUGGCAAUUAUUUUUCUGUGGGCUAACGGCUCCACAUUCAUCACAAAGUCCCCACCUAACAUCCCAGAAGUUCGACUUCCCGAGAAAUGUGUGCUGGAAGUGGCUUCUGCACUGAGAUUUGAAGCUAAUCGAGGAUUGGCUCUCCUGAGAGAGAUAGCAUCAGGGAGAGAAUUAAAGAAGUUCCUAGCUUUCAUUGCAGGAUUGUGGGUUCUCUCUAUGGUAGGGAGUUGCUUCAACUUCAUCACCUUGAUUUUCAUAACUUUCGUUUUGCUACAUACUGUACCCUUGUUUUAUGAAAAAUACGAAGAUCAUGUCGAUUCCUUCGCGGAGAAGGCAAUGGUGGAGAUCAGGAAGCAGUAUGCAGUCCUUGAUGAGAAGGUCUUGAGUAAAAUCCCAAAAGGGCCUUUGAAAGACAAGAAAAAGGAUUAGUCGGCCAGGUCGCGGUACUAGUUUACUUGGUUCACGGUGAAAGCGGAAGGUUUUCUUAGCCGUUAUCCAGUCCUGUUUACCUAUGUGCCUCUAAUAUAUUCGAUAGUGCUACAUCUUUACUUUGCGUUGACUAGUUUUAUUUAUUGACAUGUUCUAAACCGUACUAUGCUUUUG